AUGUCUUUGGCCUACCUGGUGUUUGAGGACACCUGCUCCUUGACGCUGGUGUCUCAGGGGGCCGAGUGCAUCCUUAUCUCCAAGGACUUCUUCAGGAGACACGCUGACGACAUCUACAUCAACCCACUGCCCAAACAGAUGUACCCCUCAGAGCUCACUACCGAGCCAGCUUCAUCCCCCUCCCACCCCAGAUGUACCCCUCAGAGAGCUCACUACCGAGCCAGCUUCAUCCCCCUCACACCCCAGAUGUACCCCUCAGAGCUCACUAACGAGCCAGCUUCAACCCCCUCCCACCCCAGAUGUACCCCUCAGAGCUCACUAACGAGCCAGCUUCAUCCCCCUCCCACCCCAGAUGUACCCCUCAGAGCUCACUACCGAGCCAGCUUCAUCCCCCUCCCACCCCAGAUGUACCCCUCAGAGCUCACUACCGAGCCAGCUUCAUCCCCCUCCCACCCCAGAUGUACCCCUCAGAGCUCACUAACGAGCCAGCUUCAUCCCCCUCCCACCCCAGAUGUACCCCUCAGAGCUCACUACCGAGCCAGCUUCAUCCCCCUCCCACCCCAGAUGUACCCCUCAGAGCUCACUACCGAGCCAGCUUCAUCCCCCUCCCACCCCAGAUGUACCCCUCAGAGAGCUCACUACCGAGCCAGCUUCAUCCCCCUCCCACCCCAGAUGUACCCCUCAGAGAGCUCACUACCGAGCCAGCUUCAUUCCCCUCCCACCACAGAUGUACCCCUCAGAGCUCACUACCGAGCCAGCUUCAUCCCCCUCCCACCCCAGAUGUUCCCCUCAGAGAGCUCACUAACGAGCCUGCUUCAUCCCCCUCCCACCCCAGAUGUACCCCUCAGAGCUCACUACCGAGCCAGCUUCAUCCCCCUCCCACCCCAGAUGUUCCCCUCAGAGAGCUCACUACCGAGCCAGCUUCAUCCCCCUCCCACCCUAGAUGUUCCCCUCAGAGAGCUCACUACCGAGCCAGCUUCAUCCCCCUCCCACCCCAGAUGUACCCCUCAGAGAGCUCACUACCGAGCCAGCUUCAUCCCCCUCCCACCCCAGAUGUACCCCUCAGAGAGCUCACUACCGAGCCAGCUUCAUUCCCCUCCCACCCCAGAUGUACCCCUCAGAGCUCACUACCGAGCCAGCUUCAUCCCCCUCCCACCCCAGAUGUUCCCCUCAGAGAGCUCACUAACGAGCCAGCUUCAUCCCCCUCCCACCCCAGAUGUACCCCUCAGAGAGCUCACUACCGAGCCAGCUUCAUUCCCCUCCCACCCCAGAUGUACCCCUCAGAGCUCACUACCGAGCCAGCUUCAUCCCCCUCCCACCCCAGAUGUUCCCCUCAGAGAGCUCACUAACGAGCCAGCUUCAUCCCCCUCCCACCCCAGAUGUACCCCUCAGAGCUCACUACCGAGCCAGCUUCAUCCCCUCCCACCCCAGAUGUACCCCUCAGAGCUCACUACCGAGCCAGCUUCAUCCCCCUCCCACCCCAGAUGUACCCCUCAGAGAGCUCACUACCGAGCCAGCUUCAUCCCCCUCCCACCCCAGAUGUACCCCUCAGAGAGCUCACUACCGAGCCAGCUUCAUCCCCCUCCCACCCCAGAUGUACCCCUCAGAGAGCUCACUACCGAGCCAGCUUCAUCCCCCUCCCACCCCAGAUGUACCCCUCAGAGCUCACUACCGAGCCAGCUUCAUCCCCCUCCCACCCCAGAUGUACCCCUCAGAGCUCACUACUGA